GCUCUCGGUCGGGCCCGACUCCAUUUUGACCUGCCUCUGAGGCGCUCCUGGCUCGGCUGCCCCUCGGAGGCGUCCGCAGCUGAGGCGAUGGUGCCGCUGCCGGGCUUGCGCUGACUCCGGGAUCCGGGCGGGGGAAGACCGGGGCUUGAAGAAGGGGCGGCGGCGGCGGCGGCUGGAUGCGGGGCUGGUGUGGAGAAAGGGACCGCCGUUGUCGUUGUUCUCGGGCUCGGCCGCCGCCACCGCCUCCGCUGCUGCUGCUUCUUCAGCCCCCGACCGUCCUCCUUCGUCCUGCCCGCGGGAAGGCCUGCAGGCGCUGCUAAAAUGAAGGAUAUCGGAGCUGAAGAACAGAUGGGCCCUUGGCUUUUCAAGCAGCUGAAGUUCCAUUUAGAGCAAGAAUGGAAAUACCAACCUCAGGAGAAGGGCUUGAGCCUGAUCGAGUGCACUGCAGAGAAUGACAACACUUUGUGUCCAAGACUGAGGAAUGCAAAAGUGGAAGAUCUAUGGAGUCUGACCAACUUCUUUGGGUUUGCCAUGGAAACAUUUGUUCUGGCUGUCAACAUUCUGGACAGAUUUUUGGCGCUUAUGAAGGUGAAACCAAAGCAUUUGUCUUGCAUUGGAGUCUGUUGUUUCCAACUGGCUGCUCGAGUGGUUGAAGAGGAAUGCAACAUUCCCUCCCUCCAUGACGUGAUCCGCAUCAGCCAAUGCAAAUGCACAGUGUCUGACAUGAAGCGGAUGGAAAAAAUAAUCUCAGAAAAACUGCACUUUGACUUCAAAGCUACUACUGCCUUAACGUUUUUGCACUUGUACCAUACUAUUGUACUGUGUCAUACCUCAGAAAGGAAAGAAUUGUUGAAUCUUGACAAACUGGAAGCACAACUCAAAGCUUGUAACUGCCGACUAGUUUUUUCAAAAGCAAAACCAUCCAUCUUGGCCUUGUGCCUUCUCACUCUGGAAGUGCAGACUUUGAAAUCCAUCGAACUGUUUGAGAUUGUUCUGCGUGUUCAAAAGCAUUCAAAGAUAAGCGACAGCGACUUGCUUUAUUGGAGAGAGCUGGUCUCAAAAUGCUUAGCGGACUACUCUUCUCCGGCAUGCUGCAAGCCAGAUCACAAGAAGCUAGUCUGGAUUGUUUCAAGACGUACCGCCCAAAAUCUUCAAAACAGCUAUUACAGUGUUCCUGAAUUGCCCACCAUCCCUGAGGCUGGAUGCUUUGAUGAAAGUGAGAGUGAGGACUCCUGCGAAGACAUGAGCUGUGGAGAAGACAGCCUCAGCAGUUCCCCGCGGGACCUGGAAAGCACUUUCUUCUUCGACCUCAAGCCCAAAGCCAAGAGGAAGGCUCUCUUUUGAAUUGAUGUGCUGCAUGGGGCUGUUAACGUUUGGUAGUACUCUCAACAAUAAGUAGUUACGCGCAUUCUGAACAUUGGCAGGAAUUCUCACUAAGUACCCAAACUGUGUAGUGUACGUUCCCUUUAGUGUGGCAGUAAAACUCAAAAGUAGCACGGUAGAUCUCAUUGAUCAAGCGAGGCUUCAGCGAGACGAAGCAUUAGGAGCAUGCUGCCUCUUACUAAUUUACACAAUGGCUAUAAAUGUGCUGGCACGCCUGGCUGAAUUGGAAACCUGGACUUACGAGGUUAAAUCUGAGUGAGCGGCUUUGGGGGUCGGCUAAACUGCAAAGAAGUAGGUGCUUUAUUUCAUCUGGGACUGAAGUACUUAACCAAAACUUUAGUUGUGCGUUCUUUUUAAGAAAAAGGUUUUUUUUUUUAAAAAAAAAGGUUUAUCCAAUUUCAGUAAGCUUAUUUAGGGAGGAGUAUAAACCAGAGAACAGGUGGUUAAUAUGUGCUAGUAUUAGUAUUAAUUUGUGAAGCUCUGCUCUAACAUCUUCACGUUUUCUUAGAAAUUUGUAGUGUUAACAUUCAAAAGCAUUGCUAUGGAAUUAGAAAGAUUGGCAUUCAAUGUAAAUUCUACGUUCCCUUUAACUACUAACUCCUGUAGCUUAUUUCCAUAUUUUUUCCAUUGUCAUAAGCGAGUCCGUAACGCAUUUGCAUGUUUAAGUGAAAUCUGUUAGCAGAAAAGCAAUCGAUUAUGCGGAAGUGUUGGUGAAAUGUGAAGUUGAUAAAAGUGGUUGUGAUGACACUUAAUUGCUUGCAAUUUUUUUUCUUAAAGCACAGAUUUUAUGUUUGCAUUACUUAGUAUUUUAAAAUAUAUAUGCAAAGUGAGCAACAGAAGAAAAUGUACUGCGUAGUAUGAUGACGUAAUUAGCAAUGAUAUGGUAGAAAUGAAGGGGCAACAGAAAUUAGGGUUGUGGCCUCAAAUUCUGUAGCUGUUUGUGUAGGUGGAAGUGCCGACGUGAAUGGUCAUGACGUGUGGUGCGUGCUCUGAUUUUUAUAAAGGAAGAAAAAGUUUACAAAAAAUAUGUAAAAAUGUAAAUUAAAACUUGUAUAAAAAUUGAAAAAGCAAAAUAAGCUGAAAUACUGUAUUUUUACAGUGUGUAUGUAACUUUCUAUAGCUAUGUUGCAUGUAGCUAUUAAUUUAUUGUAUCUUGUAUAUGAUAUAAAUACUGUAUAUUGACGGCUUGCUUUUUUUGGUACUGCGAGCCUGAAUGUCAAAAGAUGUUUUCCGGAAGCUAUUUUCUCUCAAUGAUAACCUGGAUCUCUGCUUCAAUUCAAUAAAACCAAAUGCAUUUCC